AAGAAAAAGUGAGGUGUGUCUAAAAGGACUUUCGAGUGUAAUUUGAGGAAACAGUUUGAAGUGAAGUUUAAACAACCCAGCCAAAAUGACCACCACCAGAAGAAACACCGUGAUGGAGUAUCUCUUGCUUGCCUCAUUCAUCACCUCCACACUGUGCGCCUCGACCGCCGGAUUACGCGGCCAGACCCGUGUGGGACACAACAACAAGGUCGAAAACAGCUGGUUCGGUGGUGAGAUGAGUGUGCUGCAGAAGGUCUACGAUGACUGCCAGGACAAGCAAGACUUCACCGGUUGCCUCAAGGGCAAAGCCUUGACCGCGAUCUCGCGCGCUAUUGACAUGGAAUCGAUCCCGCUGCUGGACGGAGUUGCGCUGGUCAAGCAGGCUAACCCCGAGAACGAGAGCAUCUCCCUGCUGACGGACGCCCGCGCGCUGGGCGGACUCGGCGAAACCGAGCGCUCCAUCCUGGGCAAGCUGAACAAGUUCUUCCAGACCCACACCCUGCGCGUCGACAUGCAGCCCCAGGACUCGACCGCCGCGGCCCGUGGCAACAAGCAAAACAAGCACCACCGCUACCUGAUCGCCGCCUUCCUGACCGCCAUGGGCAUCGCCGGACCGAUCGGCCUGAAGGUCCUCGCCGCCGUCGCCGGUAAGGCCCUGGUCAUCUCCAAGGUCGCCCUCACCAUCGCCGGUAUCCUGGCGCUCAAGAAAAUCUUCGCCCACGAUCGUCACGAGGAGACCAGCUUCCAGGUCCAUGCCGGACAUGACAACCGACGAACUGCCUACGUCGUCCGCAACCCCGCCAAGGUGGCCGCCGCCAACGUCGAUCCCUACCGGUAUUACUACGACCAGCAGCAGCUGCAACAACAGCAGCAGCAGCAGCAGUACGGAACCAUCUAAGAAGUGUGUCCCCCCCAAAC